AUGGACUGGUUCACUUGGUUAUCAAAAACAGAGCUCGAUCCUUGUGUUGUCUACGAGUACGCCCUCACCUUCACCCACAACGAGCUCGGCCAAGACGACGUAGCCUAUUUCAGCCACGAGUUUCUGCAGAGCAUGGGCGUCUCGAUAGCCAAACACCGGUUGGAGAUACUCAAGCUAGCCAGGAAGAAGAAGGGGAGGAGGAGCAUAUACCCGGUCUUGUGGUUCAUGCUUGCAAUCAAGCAAACCAAGAACUAUGUGGUCAAGCACAUUCAGGCGCUGCUCCAUCAUGAUCGCUUGCCUCUUUCGGUUGUCCCAAGCAGAAACCACAGUUUGAGAUGGAAGGUGUCGAUGCUGCAGAGGAACAAGAGGCUGAGGGCGCCCCCGGGCAAGACAGAGUGGCCGGUGAUAGGGAGUGAUGGUCCUAGCUUCGUGUCUGACCCGGGGAUCUUGAUGCUGACAAACGGGAGUCCCAUGGAGGGCUCUAGAAGCUCAGGUUCGAGUCAGAGCUCCAUUUGGGUCGAGUCUGAGGCCAAUGCUGAGUCGGGCCAUAUCACGACAGCGGAAGCCCUGGCUAACCCUUGGAACAGCAGCUUUUCAAGAACUACAAUUCAUUCUCCAGAUAGGGAUUAUUGGUCGAGUAGCACAGAAGAAAUCAAGUGGGAUUCGAUGUUCAAGAACUUGAAGCCGACGUGAAUAUAAGGUUACCUUUUCUAUUGCAGCGCCUUAAGACUAGCUUCGGGCUUCUGAAACCGAUCUUCCUCUCUUGCAUUCCCAUAUGCUUUUCCUGUAAUAAGAAAGAUCCACGAAACGAGUAGAAUAUAUAUAUACAACUUGUUAUACUAUAUGUAAAUCAAUCUUCUCACAUCAGAUAAUAAAGUUCUUUUUUACACA